AUGGCCGCCCCUAAGCCAAACACCGCCUCUGGCCUCAAGCCCAAGAACAAACUCCGCCGACAGGCUGCCUUUCUGUCGAUCAAAAAAGCUCGAGAAGCCGACAAGCGCGACGCAAGACUCCGUCGCAAGCGCGAGGAAGAAAAGAACCCGGCCCUGCGUGAAGAGCGACUUGCCCACAAUAAACCCACGACCAUUGAAAGCAAGCGAGUAUGGGACGAGCCAGUUGGCGACGAGGAGGAUGCGCUGGGCUGGGCAAUAGACGUUGAGAGACUGGCCAAGAGGAGAAAGCUGGAGCAAGAGGAGGCCGCUGAGAAAGCGGGCGACCAAAAUGGCGAGGAAGAAGGCAUACUAGCCAAGCUGAAGAAGCGCGAUCAAGAAACCGUUGGAGGCAACGACGACGACGACGACGACGACGACGACAUGUCCGACGAAGCAGACAGCAUGCUCGACGCCUCCGAAAGCGAACCCUCCCUCGACUCAGACAUGGACUCAGACGUCGACUCCACGGCGCCCUCCAAAACCAAAAACCGUGCCUCUAGCCCCAGCGCCACCUCCACAGCCACCAACCUCGAGCUCUCUCCCGAAUUCCUCAAGCAGAAGUUCCCCUCCAUCUUCAACCCCCCGGAACAAGACCCCCAAAUCCUAAUCACCACAAGCAUAAACUCAACCCUCCACAAAGAAGCAGACAUCCUCACCGGCCUCUUCCCAAACAGCACCUACAUCCGCCGCACCAAACACGUGCACGCGCACAAAUACAGCGUCAAGGAAAUCGCCUCCUUCGCCUCUGCCCGCGGGUACACCGCCCUCGUCAUCCUCAUGCAAGCCGAGCACGAAAAGAAGCCCGACGGCCUCGAUAUCGUCACUCUCCCCCACGGCCCCCAUUUCCACUUUAGCGUCUCAAAUUGGAUCGAGGGCAAGAAGUUGCCACGCCAUGCUACCGAUACGGGACAUUACCCCGAACUCAUCCUUAACCAGUUCAAAACCCCUCUCGGUAUACUAACAGCUCAUCUCUUCAAGAACCUUUUCCCGGCCAAACCCGAAUUAGAGGGCAGACAGGUGCUUACGCUGCAUAAUCAGCGCGAUUACAUUUUCGUGCGUAGGCAUCGCUAUGUUUUUAGGGAUAAGCGCGGGUCGGAGAAGUCGGUUGUCGGGAAUGAUGGGAAACCUAUUCCAGGGGUUGAGGACGUUAGGGUGGGCAUGCAGGAGAUUGGACCACGAAUGACGCUCAAACUCCGUAGGAUAGAUCGGGGGAUCCAGUUCAAGAGUGGGCAGGAGUGGCAGUGGAAGGGCCGUAUGGAGAAGAAGAGGACGAGGUUUAAUAUGUAGCCGGACAUAGCAACACAGCCUUUCUCGUCUA